AUGAAUCCUUCAAAUACGCAUUAUAAUUUACAACAACAACAUGCGUCAACAGUAGAUUUGUUAUCUCCAUCUCAAAAUGAUAUUUAUGAUGAACAAAAUUUUGAUGAGCAACAAAACGAUUCAAGUGGUGAUGAUACGGAUGAUGAUGAUGAUGAUGAUCUACAGGAAUUAUUUAAUGUAUUAGACGUUAACCGUGAAAAAAAAUUGUAUUCAUCAAGUUCAUUAUCAAUUUAUAAUGCAUGUAUGGAAAUCGUUCGCUUAAGUCAUGAUUUAAAUUUAAAUAAAUGCCAAAUUAAAUGUUUAUUAGCUGGAUUACAUAUAUUAUUAUUGAAUGAUAAUAUAUUACCACGAACUGUUCCAGCUAAAGAAAAUGUUGUGCGACCAAAUUGUGGUAUCAAAGUUACAACAUAUAAUGCUGAACAAUUAAAAUUUUCAAUUCGUGUACAAUAUGCCACAUUCGACUUACCAGCACUUGCACAAAAGUGCAAUAUUAUUCAAUUCAAUGGUUAUUAUGCAUGCAGUGAUUGUACAAUUCAAGGUGUUGCUAUUGACCGACAAAUAUUUUAUCCAUAUUCACCUGUACAGUCACCACGAAAAACUGAUCAUGACUAUUUAACAUUAUCAACACAAAAUUUACCAGCUGCAAGAGCAAUGGGAAUCAAGGAACCAACCCCAUUAACAAAACUUUUAUUAUUCUCAGAUCAAGCUGCAAAAGAUUAUACGCAUCUUGUAUGUAGUGGUCACUUUAAAACAUUGGUUACUUAUUGGGAACGUAUUUUAUUACCAGGUGUAUUUGAUCAAAGUUCAAAUUAUUUAUUAUCUGUAGUAUUACCACAUUCAUUUGCUUACCAAUCUAUGCCACUUGUUCAAUAUGGUCAAUGGAAAACAAAAAUGUUUCGGUAA